AUGUCGGCUGCAAUCUGCUUUGGUGUCGAAUUCGAGAUGGUCGUGCGACCAAAGCAAGCGACCAUCACCGAUCUAGAACCCUACUUCGACAAUGCGCCAGUAGAGGCCCUCCUCGAUGGGGAGUCGAAACAUCGAUUUCGUCGAUCUGCCAUCCACCGAUACAUACGGCACAUGUUCCAGAGCUCUGGUAUUCGGAUGUACGACCCGGAGAAUGAUGAUGACGAUGACGAAGAGCUGUAUUGGAUGUGGACUAUCACACCAGACGGUAGCAUUGAAGAUAGGCAGGAGCAAUGCAGAUAG